AGGAGAAGAUCGAUGAAUUCGAAUCAAUGCUCAAUGAACUGUGCGGUUACCAGUCUGCCGGUCAGCACUUGUACCGCAAACAGCAGGAACUGGACGUCCUCUGCAAGAAGACCUCCUUCAGCAGACAGGAGAUUAAGCUGCUCUACUGGGGCUGGAAGGUCGCCUGUCCGGAGGGCAUCCUCGAUGAGCGCACCUUCAAGGACAUUUACGCCCAGUUCUUUCCGCAAGCAGGUGAUGCCUCCCUCUACGCCCACUUUGUCUUCAACGCCAUGUUCUCGGAGACGCUGGCAAAGAACAACGGACAAAUCACCUUUCUCGACUACGCCUGUGCACUGUCCACUCUGAUUCGUGGCACCAUCGGCGACAAGAUCAAGUUCAUCUGGACGCUCUAUGACAUCAACAAGGACGGCAAGAUCACCUACGAGGAAGUUCUGCAGAUCUCCAUUGCCAUCUACGGCCUGCUGGGCUUCAACGUUGCGCCGGCUCACAACUUGCGGACCUACGAAGAGCACGCAAAGCGGGUCUUUGCCAAGUUGGACACCGCCAAAGUGGGCUACAUCACCUAUGAUCAGUUCAAGGAGAUUUGCAUCAAGGACGAAACCAUCUUCAAGUCAAUGGAGAGCCUUGACACGAGUGCCAUGCUCUAA